UGGGCUUCUUUGCAGAAAUCUGUGUCUUUUCCUAGAGGGACGAACUCUCGAGCUCUCAUUAAAUCUCAGGGUGUCCUGGAGAGUUCAUUUUUCCCUCUCUGGGUGUCCGUUGUGGCCCAUGAAAAAAAGCUGCCAGAAAGACAAACUUGAGACAAACAAGCAUUCCUCUUGUGGAGCUCAAUGUUAUCCUUCCAUCCUUCCAUAAAAAGAUCUUCCUGAACAUCCAUCAAAGCCAGUUAAAGAUGCAUCCCACCUUCCUCCUGCUCUUGGUAUGUUUUCUGCAUGCCAGCCAUCUUCCAGGGGAAAAGGCACCCCCAAAGAAGAGAGUUUGGAGGGCUCCACCGUGUGUACGAUGCUGCGGGCAGGACGAGCAGCCGGCUUCUAUCACCACUUCCCGAUUCGCACGGAUGACCAGCGACUCUCGUUACAUGAUCCCUAAGAUCCAGCCCACCAUCGAUAUCCACAUCUUAAAAGGAGAAAAAGGUGACAUGGGGGAACGAGGACUUGCAGGGCUCGAAGGCAAAUCAGGUGAGCCAGGCCUGCAGGGAUCCCAUGGCCAGAAAGGACAAAAAGGUCAGGUGGGGCCCACCGGCCACUCCUGCAAACAGCAUUACGCUGCCUUUUCGAUUGGACGCAGCAAACCCCUCCACAGUUUGGAUUACUACCAACGGGUUACUUUCGACACAGAGUUUGUCAACCUCUACAAGCAUUUCAACAUGUUUACUGGCAGCUUCUUCUGCUACGUUCCUGGGAUCUACUUCUUCAACCUGAACGUCCACACCUGGAACUACAAGGAGACCUACCUGCACAUCAUGAAGAAUGAAGACCAAGUGGCGAUCCUCUACUGUCAACCCAGUGAGAGGAGCAUCAUGCAGAGCCAAAGCCUCAUGCUGGACCUCCUGGAAGGAGAUGAGGUCUGGGUACGAAUGUUCAAGCGGGAGCGGGAGAACGCAAUCUACAGCGAGGAGUCGGACAUCUAUAUUAUCUUCAACGGCCACCUAAUUAAGCCUGCUGUAGAAGGAACUCCAGCCCAAAACUAAAGUAGCAGAGGUGGACUGUCUACUCUUCAAAUGGUGCUUUUCCAUGAACUGAAGCCACAGAGCUGCUUGCCUUCCCCAUGGGGGUCUAUGCUACUCGCCACGGCCAACUUGCCAUAACCAAUGUGCCACAGCCAACUCACCAUGGCCAACUUGCCAUGGCCAACUCACCAUGGCCAACUUGCUGUGGGAAAACUUGCUGCAGUAUAAGAGAUACAUUAAUAUCAAAUAAAUGGUGGAAUAAAUAUAUUUUAAAAUAAUUGAAUUGAAUUGUUGAAUUGUCCUGCAGUGAGUUAUCCUGUGCUGAAUUGGCCAUGGUGAGUUGUCCUAUUCUGUGUCCAGGGCCCCAGUGGCGUUAACUUAUAAAUAGGUGCUACUAGGCUUACAACUUUUUCCAACGUUGUGAUGGAGACAAAAUCCCAGAUCUUUGGGAUCCUGCUGAGGAGUUCUCACAAAACGGCUGCCAGGGAGGAGAGUUUGCACAUUCCCCCACUAACUGGCUAAGACCAGUUGCAAAAGACCUCUUGGCCAGAAGACAAAUUGGGAAGGCUGAUUACCAUCCCACCGCUUCAAGGACUCCGUCCAUCACUUCUCAGAAUACUUGACCUUCUUUUGAGGCAGAGGAUAUGCUUCAAAAGAGGGACAUGGUGGCUCAGUGGCUAAGAUACUGAGCUUGUCGAUUGAAAGGUCGACAGUUCAGCAGUUUGAAUCCCUAGCGCCGUGUAACGGAGUGAGCUCCCAUUACUUGUCCCAGCUUCUGCCAACCUAGCAGUUCGAAAGCACGUAAAAGAAUGCAAGUAGAAAAAUAGCGACCACCUUUGGUGGGAAGGGAACAGCGUUCCGUGCGCCUUUGGUGUUGAGUCAUGCCAGCCACAUGACCACGGAGACAUCUUCGGACAGCGCUGGCUCUUCAGCUUUGAAACGUAGAUGAGCACCGCCCCCUAGAGUCGGGAACGACUAGCACAUAUGUGCGAGGGGAACCUUUACCUUUAUAUGUUUCAAAGAAAAGAUGGGGGGGGGGCGAUCCAAAAAACGGCCAUGUGCCAUUUUAUUUCCUAAGAAUACUUCUUGGCUUCCUGUGGGUGCAGAGACAUCCUUGGGAAUCAGAAUGAUGGCAUGAUAUGCAUGAUGAACGUAGUCCUCAAUUUAUGACUAAUCAUUUACUGACUAUUUGAAUAGCAGAGUUGUUAGAGUUGGAAGGGACCUUGGAGGACUUCUAGUCCAAACCCCUGGUCAGGCAGGAAACCCUUUACCAUUCCAGAUAAGUGGCUACCCAGUCUCUUCUUUAAAGCCUCCAUUGAUGGAGCACCCACAACUUCUGGAAUCCAGCCGUUCCACUGGUUAAUUGUUCUGACUGUCAGGAAAUUUCUCCUUAGUUCUAGGUUGCUUCUGUCCUUGACUAAUUUCCAUCCAUCGUUUCUUGUCUUGACUAAGUGAAUAACUGAGUUGGAAGAGAUCUUGGAGAUCUUCUAGUCCUAAUAUGUGUUCUCUCUUUGUUCACGAACUGAGUCUGUAAUCAAUAUUAUCGAACAGGGAUUCAUGAGGUGCUUAAAAAUAAUAAAGAAGGAUAUCCUAUGA